AUGUACUUCCCACGCACCUUCCUCCUCGCCCUCACAGCCGCCACCAGCAUCUCUGCCCACGGCGUCGUCACCGAGAUCAAAGGCGCAAAUGGCGUUUCCAUGCCUGGUUUGACAAUCCAAGACGGAACACCUAGGGACUGCUCGUCCAAUGGAUGUGGCUCCCAGGCCGACACAGCCAUCAUACGCGACCGCGAAAUUGCAAGCGGCAAGACGGGUCCCUUGGGCCGUACGCAGGGCAACGGCAACGUAGAUGCUUCAGUCAUGGUCGGCGCGUUCAUGGGGUCUGGGGCUGCGCCGCCAGCGAACCAGGGCGCGUCGGGAAGUGUAGGCGUGGAAGAUGAUAUCCCACAGAAUGCACAGAAUGCGGGUGCAGGUACGCAACGCAAGCGCCAGUUUCUGAGCAACCUUUUGGGAAGCCUUGGGGGUGGAAAGGGCGCAACGGGGAUUGCGGGCUUGUUUGGGGGUGGUGGUGAUAAGGUUGAUGGACCGCCUGAGGCGAGGGUUGCUGCCGCUGCUGGAGCGGGUGCAACAGGGGGAUUGCCGACUUGUGCUGAUGAUGGAACGAUCAACCAAGAUGGUGCGGGUCCUUUUACAGCAGACGUUGAUGGCACGUCUGGUGGCACUGAUGAAGCUGCCAUGCAGCCUGCCACUGUCACUCAGGACGUCCCUGGUCUGGGUGUCCAGGGCAUCUCGCUGGCGACCAACACCGAGUUCGAGAUGAAGGUUCAGAUGCCUGCCGGUAUGACUUGCGAUGCAACUGUUGCUGGCGUCAACAAUGUCUGCGUCAUGCGUGUCCGCAACGGCGCAGCUGCUGGUCCCUUUGGUGGUUCUGUUGCCUUCACCCAGAGUACCGCGGCCAAGAAGCGUGCUCUUGCCUACAGGCUCAAGAAGCGUAUGGAAAUUGGCCGCCUGCAUUAG